AAAUAAAACCCAAUUGAAAUUAGGUGUAGUAGGGUUUUUGAGCCUUGAAAGAAAGAAGGCAAAUUCAGCAGAGCAAUUCCUCCUCCACACCUCCGCCGUCACCAUGGGUCGUAUGCACAGUGGCGGUAAGGGUAUUUCUUCCUCUGCUCUUCCCUAUAAGCGCACACCACCUACUUGGCUCAAGAUCUCCUCUCAAGAUGUAGAGGAUAACAUUUGCAAGUUUGCAAAGAAGGGUCUUACACCAUCACAGAUUGGUGUGAUUCUUAGGGAUUCUCAUGGUAUUGCUCAGGUUAGGAGUGUUACCGGCAGCAAGAUCCUCCGUAUCCUCAAGGCCACUGGUCUUGCUCCUGAAAUCCCUGAGGAUCUCUACCAUCUUAUUAAGAAGGCUGUAGCAGUCCGUAAGCAUUUGGAGAGGAACAGAAAGGACAAGGACUCUAAGUUUAGGUUGAUUUUGGUUGAGAGCAGGAUCCACAGACUUGCUCGUUACUACAAAAAGACAAAGAAGCUCCCACCAGUCUGGAAAUACGAGUCUACAACUGCCAGCACCCUCGUGGCCUAAUACUCGUGGUAGAAAGAUGAUAGCUUCAGGCAGAGGGCAAAUUGGGCUUUAUUUCUUUGUAACAGAAUUAUAACCUUCAUCUCACAGUUGUGGUUAUGAUCAGAUUUUUUUUUUUUUACCCAUUUCCGUAGGAAGUGCUGUAGUACUUGUCAUCUGCUAUUACUUGAAAAUUUUGGUCGUUGAAGUCUUCGAUAUUCAUAUUUGUUUGCUCUUGAGAUUUUGUUGAAAUGAUGAAUUGCUCAAGACAUACAGACACAUUAAUGUUGAGUAGAGGUGUAGGGCAUUUCGUAUUCUCCAAGCAAUUCUUGAUUAGUCUUCAAA